CCAGCAGGGCACACACUCUGCACAAACCUUUGCUUGCUAACAGGUCACCCAGACAGUUGCUAACAUCCAGGAGCUAAAAUGGGACUGCUGGCAAUCUCUCCUGCUCUUUUGGUUUGUGUUACUUGCCUGAUUUUCCUUUUUGUGUGGAAGAAAAGUCACAGAGGGGGAAGGCUUCCCCCUGGCCCAACUCCCCUUCCUUUCAUUGGGAAUAUGCUGCAGCUCAACCUGCGCGAUAUCCCUGCAUCUCUCUCCCGGUUGGCCAAAGAGUAUGGUCCUGUUUACACCCUGUACCUUGGACCCUGGCGUACCGUGGUCUUGCAUGGCUAUGACGCGGUGAAGGAAGCUCUGAUCAACCAGGGUGAUGAAUUUCAGGACAGAGGACGUUUUCCUAUUAUUGAUGAUACCCUGAAAGGAUACGGAAUCAUUUUCAGUCACGGAGAGAGGUGGAAGCACAUGCGUCGCUUCACCUUGAUGACCCUGAGGAACUUUGGCAUGGGGAAGAGGAGCAUCGAGGAGAGGGUCCAGGAGGAAGCCCGCUGCCUGGUGGAGGAGUUCAGGAAAACGGAAGCUCAGCCCUUUGACCCCACCUUCAUCCUCUCUUGCGCUCCCUGCAACGUGAUCUGCUCCAUCCUCUUCAAUGAGCGUUUCCAGUAUGAGGACAAGACGUUCCUCUUCCUCAUGGAGUCCUUAAAGGAAAAUUUUAAACAAAUCAACUCCCGAUGGUGCCAGAUUUAUAAUCUCUGGCCAGCACUCAUGAGGUAUUUCCCUGGAAAACACAAAGAAUUCUCAGAAAGAAUUAAUGACGUUAAAUACUUUGUUCUGGACAAAAUAAAGGAACAUCAAGACUCCUUGGAUCAUAAUAACCCUCGGGAUUAUAUUGACUGUUUCCUCAGCAGAAUGGAGCAGGAGAAACGUAACCCAGGGACUGAAUUUGACUUGGAGAACUUGGUAGUCUGUGGAUCAAAUCUGUUUACAGCGGGAACAGAAACAACCAGUUCCACCCUGAGAUUUGGGCUCUUGCUCCUCAUGAAAUACCCAGAAGUGCAAGCCAAAGUUCAGGAAGAAAUCGAUCGUGUGAUUGGACGACACCAAAUGCCCUGCAUGAGUGACAAGAUGAAGCUGCCCUAUACGGAGGCCGUGUUGCAUGAGAUCCAAAGAUAUAUCACGCUCCUUCCUUCCAAUCUGCCCCAUGCUGUGGCCCAGGACACGAAAUUCAGACAAUACGUCAUCCCCAAGGGCACUACUAUACUCCCAUUGCUGUCUUCAGUCCUGUUUGAUGGCAAAGAGUUUCCCAACCCAGAGAAGUUUGACCCAGGACACUUUCUGGACAAAAAUGGCUGCUUUAGGAAAACAGACUACUUUGUGCCUUUUUCCCUUGGAAAACGGGUCUGUGUUGGAGAAGGUCUGGCCCGCAUGGAGCUGUUCCUCUUCUUCACCACCAUUCUGCAAAACUUCUCCCUAAAGCCCCUGGUGGAGCCACAGGAGAUAGACACCAAACCCAUUGUUACUGGGUUUCUCAAUAUUCCCCCAGUUUACAAGCUGUGUCUUAUUCCUAGAUAAAUGAAGAGCUUGUCUCUGUAACCAUUCAAAUCGUUGCCUUCCCUCCCCACUAGAAACAGUCUCUCCCUUCCUUUUAAAUACUGUCUAGAACAGAAAUCCAAUCACUAAACAGUAGACAGACAUUUGUUCAAAUCUGCAAAUUCCUUGACAUAAAGAAGCUGGAUCCUGAAAACUCCGAGGGCACACACACUGUCUUUGUACCUUUUACAGUGCUUUAGAAGCCAUGCUGAAGCAGAACCAAGAUCAGGCCCACAGAUCGCCGUGAUCAGGGACAGUCACAGUGAAGCCCUGUCUCUUCUGUGGCUUUGGAGAUAGGCCAGUUUUCUGUAAUUUUUUAAGAUAGAGGAAUUAAUAUAAUGGCCUAUGUGUAUUUUUCUAUUUCUGAUUAAAAGCACCUAAUGUGAUUUCUGCCACUUUCUCAAAAUAAAUACUUACUUCAACAAUA